AUGGUGCUUUUCGGUUCUCCGUGGUGGCUCUGGGUCGCCGCCUUGCUUGCGUGUCCGGGCUGCGCACAAUGGCGAGAUGUGCCAGGCUGCUUCCUGCAAGAUGCGAGGUAUCUGUUAACCCAUUUGGACCAUGUCACAAACCCCAUCCAGGCAGUGCUGGACCGUUUGGAGUGCCAGUUGCUUUGCAAGCAGACUGCAGGCUGCGGUGACUUUGUGUACUUUGCAGCCUCGAAGUUCUGCUACCUUGGGCGCAAUCACAGCGGCGUCGUCGGCACGCAGGGUGCAGUGUCUGGGCCAUCCGCCUGCGCAGAGGACAAGCCAUCUGCGUGUGAAGACCUUCCAACAAAGCAGUUCCCAGCGGAAACAACUGAAGAGACUCAGAGGGCGUGGCCAAUGGGAUUUACGCCGACAAACCUUCAGUGCUGGCCCACCAACAUGUACUGGCAGCCUGCCUUCUGCAGAUCAAUUCCGCCCACCUCGAUUGAAAACACAUCGACUGCGGGGCAUUGUCAGGAUUUGCAAAAGGUGCACAUCCCCGCCGAAAGGUCAUGUGCAGCAAGCUGUGCCGGGAACGUGCUAUGUUCUGCAUGGCAAGUGCGGAAAAGUGAGGCUUCGCUGGAAGAAUGCUUCCAAGGUGUUGGGAAAGACUGCUUCGGAUCCGCACCUGAAGCAAGCAUUGUUGAUGCUGGAAGAUUUCAGCAUGGCGUCUACCGCGUACUUGCCGACUUGACGGGGGUUGAGCUGCAAGGUUUGAGCCUGAUGUUUGGAACAGCGAGCGUCCCCGUUGUCAGCCAAGAUCAGGCGGUACGUCGCUGCGCGAAUCUCUGUCUGUCAAUCCUGGCAUGUCAGGCUUGGCAGUACUCCACCUCGCAAGGGUGCUACAUCCAAGAUCCUUCUCAGGAGAUGCCAUACCCCCCUGUCAUCAGGAAAGGCACAGAGCUUGCCAAGACGGCUGUGGCGGGACAGUACAUCCAGCGCGUCUGCCCGGGCGAAAUGAGUCACCUCCGAGGAGACCAGCCUAAGCCAAGGCAUCCCGAAGCCGAGGCGCCCAAGGUGGUAGUCGUUGAUGCUGCUGAUGCUGCUACUCCUCAGAUGCAGAGUCCCGAGGGAGAAGUCGAAGAUGCCGUGAUACGGACAGUUCAGGCCACCACGCAGAGGACACAUGCAGAAACGACAGCAGUCCCAGCCAGCAUGAAUGCGUUCACUACAUCGGCCUCACCUGUGGUGCCAAUUUCUGCCAUUCUUCCAGUGAACUCGACACCUGGUAUUCCCUUAUCACGAACCGGGGUGGCCGAAGCAAACCCAACAGCUCCGCCAAUCCCGGUGAUCACAGCACCUCCGUCACCGGUGUCAACAGCACCGGUUGUUGCAGCGCCAGCCGUGGUUUCAACAGCGCCGACUGCCCCAUCACCCACUGCACAGCCGGUUGCCGCAUUGCCUGCUGCACCCACUGGUGAGCCUGUUCUGGUUGUUGCCAAGAACGGACGCUCCGAAGCACGCUACAGAGAGAGCGGGCUAAGCGGGCAAGGCAACAUGCUAGUAUCACAGCCCGUGCACCAGAGUCUCGAGCAUCAUGCCGAGUGGCCCUUUGUUAUUUUUGGCAUUUUGGGUCUGAUUCUGGUCUGCGCUGGUGCACAUGCCCUUCGUGUCUACGGCAACAAGAAGGCCAAUUACUAUUGCCUCGACCCAGAGGAGUCUGACGAUUCUUUGCUUCACGGCUGA